AAGGCGGGCGAUUGGAGAUUGUGGGCGAUUGUCGACGAGAAUGACUUUGCGGGGUGUGCGGGUUCACGGAAUUGCAAACCUACCUCGUCCUGUCCCCUCUUACCAUGGCAUGGCCAGCGACGUCUGUGGUAGCGCUCACAGCAUGCAGUAGAAGAACAGCGGCAGCAGCGCCGCGAUGUAGCGGAAACCUACCGCCGCUCGCAUCCUGCUCAAUCGUACGUCGUCGCUACUUUCACUCGACGGGAGCGGCGUCAUAUUCCCCCUCUGCUCGAGCUUCACCCUCAUCGCCUCCGUCUGGUCCAACAGCAAGAUACAAUGAAUUGGUGCAAAAGGGUCUGCUGAAAGAUGACGACCAUCAGCGCUCCAUUAUAGCCAUCUUGCAGGGCUUGCACGAAGAGCUUACGCUCUAUCGACCGCCGAAUCCUACGAGGCCGUUGGGACAGAAGAAGGAGGUGGAAAAGAGGGGCUUCUUCGGCCGCCUUUUCGGCUCAUCAUCACACGAGGGCAGCGAUGGACACGACGACGGCAAGCUGCAAGUACCAGAGGAUGUGCCAAAGGGGCUUUACCUUCACGGGGACGUAGGCACGGGUAAGAGCAUGCUGAUGGACCUCUUCUUCGACACACUUCCCGACAACAUCACACACAAACGACGCAUACACUUCCACCAGUUCAUGAUCGACGCUCACAAGCGCAUGCACGCCUUCAAGACGCUCACUCACAAGCCCAGUGGCAUCGUCGUCGGCGCCUCGUCUCGCGUCAUGAGCGGCGCAGCCAAUGCCAUCUCGGGCGGGCCUGCUGGUGGGGCAAAGGAGAGGGCAGCGGCCGCUGCGGCAGCUGGCGAAGACGUAGACCCGAUCCCUCCCGUGGCCAUGGAGUUCGCUCAGGAGGCCACCGUGCUCUGCUUCGAUGAGUUCCAGGUCACCGACAUCGCCGACGCCAUGAUCUUGCGGCGCCUACUUGAGCACAUGAUCGCCCACGGCGUCGUCUUCGUCAUGACAUCGAAUCGCGAGCCGAAAGACCUCUACAAGAACGGCAUCCAGCGCUCUUCGUUCGUGCCCUGCAUCGAGCUCCUCCAGUCGCAGCUGAAGGUGCAGGACCUCAACUCGGGCACAGACUACCGCAAGGUGCCCAAAGCUCUGAGCAAAGUCUACUACGCGCCACUCGACGACAAGAACCUGCGCGAGUUUGAGAAGUUGUUCGAAGCCUUCACGAGCGACCCGCACGAUCCGGCCAUCGAGGGUCGCCCGCUCACCAUCUGGGGCCGCACGCUGGCCGUGCCCCUCUCGACGAAGAAGGUGGCCCGCUUCUCCUUCCACGACCUAUGCGGCACGCCUCGCUCUGCGGCAGACUACAUUGAGAUCUGUCAGACGUUCCCGACGGUCUUUGUGGACGAGGUUCCCAAGAUGGGGCUCGACCAGCGCGAGAUGGCCAGGCGCUUCAUCACCUUCAUCGAUGCCGCCUAUGAGAGCAAGACGAAGCUCUUUGCGAGCAGCGAGGUGCCCAUUCUGCAAAUCUUUGGCGCUGGCACGGACGGCAACAAGAAGGCCGAGACGAGCGACGCGAUGCGCGAAGCAAUGGACGCCCUGGGCAUGACGAUGGACCAGCUCGGCGGCAAUCCUAUCUUCAGCGGAGACGAGGAGUUGUUCGCCUUUGCCCGCGUCAUCUCGCGACUGACUGAAAUGGGCACGACGCAGUAUGCAGAGCUGGCGGGAGUCGGGAGCAAGGAAGCACCGCCGGAGAUGUAGGCGCGGCGCAGCGCACAACGAUUGCAAUGUGAAGGCCUUCUUCAUGCUACCAUCAAGCGUCAUCGCACUUGACUGUCUCACCCUGCUGCUUAACGCCAUACAA